AAUAUCAAACAGAUGAUUAAAUUAACACAAGAACAUAUAGAGGCACUGCUAGACAAAUUUGGAGGAGAGCAUAACCCACCAUCUAUAUAUUUAGAGGCCUAUGAAGAAUACACCAGCAAACUAGAUUCUCUACAGCAGAGAGAACAGCAAUUACUGGAAUCCAUGGGAAAUGGAACAGAUUUCUCUGUCUCCAGCUCAGCUUCAACAGACACAGUUGCAUCAUCAUCCUCCUCUAGCCUCUCUGUAGCACCUUCAUCCCUUUCGGUUUAUCAGAACCCUGCUGAUAUGUCACGGAAUAACCCUAAGUCUCCACAGAAGCCUAUUGUUAGAGUCUUCCUGCCCAACAAGCAAAGGACUGUGGUUCCAGCAAGAUGUGGGGUAACAGUCCGAGACAGCUUAAAGAAAGCUCUGAUGAUGAGAGGUCUUAUUCCAGAAUGCUGUGCUGUUUACAGGAUACAAGAUGGAGAGAAGAAGCCAAUUGGCUGGGACACGGACAUUUCCUGGCUCACAGGAGAGGAGCUGCAUGUGGAAGUCUUGGAGAAUGUGCCACUCACAACACACAAUUUUGUACGAAAAACAUUCUUCACGUUAGCGUUCUGCGACUUUUGUCGAAAGCUGCUUUUCCAGGGAUUCCGGUGCCAGACGUGUGGCUACAAAUUCCACCAGCGCUGUAGUACAGAAGUGCCACUGAUGUGUGUUAAUUAUGACCAACUUGAUUUGCUGUUUGUCUCCAAGUUCUUUGAACAUCACCCCAUACCGCAGGAGGAGGCCUCCUUAGGAGAGACCACCCCAGCAUCUGGAUCGUACCCCUCAGUGCCCCCCUCAGAUUCUGUUGGACCACCAAUUCUCCCUAGUACUUCUCCUUCAAAAUCCAUUCCAAUCCCACAGCCCCUCCGACCAGCAGAUGAAGAUCAUCGGAAUCAAUUUGGGCAACGCGACCGAUCCUCUUCAGCUCCCAAUGUUCACAUCAAUACAAUCGAGCCAGUCAAUAUUGAUGAAUUGAUUAGAGACCAGGGUUUACGAGGAGAGGGAGGUUCAACUGCGGGUUUGUCUGCAACGCCUCCCGCCUCUUUGCCUGGGUCACUCACCAAUGUGAAAGCGCUACAGAAAUCACCAGGACCCCAACGGGAAAGGAAAUCAUCCUCAUCCUCAGAAGACAGAAAUAGAAUGAAAACCCUUGGUCGGCGGGAUUCAAGUGAUGAUUGGGAGAUACCAGAUGGACAGAUCACAGUAGGACAAAGGAUAGGAUCUGGAUCUUUUGGAACAGUCUACAAAGGAAAGUGGCAUGGUGACGUGGCAGUGAAAAUGUUGAAUGUUACAGCACCCACACCUCAGCAGUUACAGGCUUUCAAAAAUGAAGUAGGAGUGCUCAGGAAAACACGACAUGUGAAUAUCCUGCUUUUCAUGGGUUAUUCAACAAAACCCCAGUUGGCUAUUGUUACACAAUGGUGUGAGGGGUCCAGCUUAUAUCACCAUCUACACAUAAUUGAGACCAAAUUUGAAAUGAUCAAGCUAAUUGAUAUUGCACGGCAGACUGCACAAGGCAUGGAUUAUUUGCAUGCCAAGUCAAUCAUCCACAGAGACCUCAAGAGUAAUAAUAUUUUUCUUCAUGAAGACCUCACAGUAAAAAUAGGUGAUUUUGGUCUAGCUACAGUGAAAUCACGAUGGAGUGGAUCCCAUCAGUUUGAACAGUUGUCUGGAUCUAUUCUAUGGAUGGCACCAGAAGUUAUUAGAAUGCAAGAUAAAAACCCAUAUAGUUUUCAGUCGGAUGUGUAUGCGUUUGGGAUUGUUCUUUAUGAACUGAUGACUGGACAGUUACCAUAUUCAAACAUCAACAACAGGGACCAGAUCAUUUUUAUGGUGGGACGAGGAUACUUAUCUCCAGACCUCAGCAAAGUACGGAGCAACUGUCCAAAAGCUAUGAAGAGACUAAUGGCAGAAUGCUUAAAAAAGAAAAGAGAUGAGAGACCCCUUUUUCCACAGAUUCUUGCCUCCAUUGAGCUUCUGGCCCGGUCAUUGCCAAAAAUUCACCGCAGUGCAUCUGAGCCCUCAUUAAACCGGGCUGGCUUCCAGACAGAGGAUUUUAGUCUGUAUGCUUGUGCUUCUCCAAAAACACCCAUCCAAGCAGGGGGAUACGGAGAGUUUGCAGCGUUCAAGUAGCCACAGCACCAUGGCAGCACCCACUCUGUUAUUUAAGUCUUGUGUUCCUACAGUUCCUUAACAUCAAAACUCUAUUCUGCUCCACAAAACCUAAAGUAAUUUAGAAAAGAUAUCCAUAAGCUUAAAAGUGGAGCAGAAUGGAACUGCCAGUCCAACACAAUGGGAAAAAAAGUACCUUUUUGGGAACCAGAAUCCUCUGCUGCCAGUGUUUCUCCUUCAACACAAACCACCACGUGCAUUCGGAGACCCGCAGUGGCUGCCUGUGCCGUUGGCAUCAUUCCCAGGAGAGAGGAGAGGGCACUCGUGGUUUGACUGUGGUGCUCGGGCAUGAGGGGAUGGAACUGCUGCUGCAACUUAGGAGACUUGCUUUGGAUGGUCUGCUGGUCGGCUUUCUCCCUCUAACAACGUACCAUCAGAGGCUGAGUAUCUGAUGAGUGCUAAUUUAAAAGAAUCCUCCUCCCUUCUCAUCUUUUGUUUUCCUGUUGUACUCACUGAUUUAUGGACAAUGCAGUAUCCCCUUUUCACUCUAUGACAAUGUCAGAUGCCUAAAUCU